UGAUAAAAAUGACAAUUGUGCACGAUUUGGCGGAGUGCAUUGUGGGCGACAUAACGCCGCAUUGUAAUGUUUCGCGGGAAGAGAAACUGCGACGUGAAACGUUAGCUCCCAAUCUAACUUCGUACUCUACUCUUAUCUCUUGUUCAUACCAAUACGGUAUCCAGGAAGCGAUGGACAAGUUGUGCAAACUCAUUCCAAAAGAAAAUGCAGAUGAAAUUUUGCACCUAUGGCAGGAAUACAACGCUCAAUCCAGUCCGGAGGCAGUUCUUUGCAAGGACUUUGAUAAAUUCGAAAUGUUAGUCCAAGCUUAUGAGUAUGAAAAAGAAACACAAGAACCAAACAAAUUGAAUGAAUUUUUCGAAAGCACGUUAGGUGAGUUCACCACCUAA